AUUCAUUUUCUAUAAAAUACCACCAUAUCUUAUAAGAAAUUAAUUGAAGUGAAAUUCUCGUACAUUUCUUCUUCUUUUUCAUCAAAACUCAAAGGGAAUUUUGAAGUUGUUAAGAAUAAGCAAUGGCUCAAACAAUGUUGUUAACAGCCAAUGCCAAAGUUGAUUUGAGGAGUAAAGAAUCUUUAGUUGAAAGACUAAAGCCUAAGCCUUUGUCUUCUUUAUUCUUGCCUUCUCUUCCUUUGAGAUUUUCUUCUUCUACUACUAAUGCUUCUUCUUCAAAAUUCACUAGUACUACUGUUGCUCUAUUCAAGUCAAAAGCUAAAGCUCCUCCCAAAAAGGUUGCACCACCAAAGGAAAAGCAAAAGGUGGAGGAUGGGAUUUUUGGUACCUCAGGAGGAAUUGGUUUCACUAAGCAAAAUGAGCUAUUUGUUGGCCGUGUUGCUAUGAUUGGUUUUGCUGCAUCUUUGUUGGGAGAAGCAAUAACAGGAAAGGGUAUUUUGGCACAAUUGAAUCUUGAAACUGGAAUUCCAAUCUAUGAAGCAGAGCCACUUCUAUUGUUCUUCAUCCUAUUCAAUCUUCUUGGAGCCAUUGGAGCUUUGGGAGACAGAGGCAAAUUUAUUGAUGACCCUGCCCCUGCUACUGGCCUUGAAAAGGCUGUCAUCCCUCCUGGCAAAUCCUUCAAGUCUGCUUUGGGACUCACUGAACGAGGUCCACUUUUUGGAUUCACAAAGGCAAAUGAGUUGUUUGUAGGAAGAUUGGCACAAUUGGGAAUUGCAUUCUCCAUUAUAGGAGAAAUUAUCACAGGGAAAGGAGCAUUGGCACAAUUGAACUUUGAGACAGGUGUCCCAAUCAAUGAGAUUGAGCCUCUUUUGUUGUUUAACAUUGCUUUCUUCUUCUUUGCUGCUAUUAAUCCUGGUACUGGCAAAUUUAUCACCGAUGAGGAAGAAGAUUAGAUAUAGAGUACUAGUACUUUUUGUGUGUAUCACUUAUGUGUAGUUCUUCUUAUAAGAAUUCAAACCUCCUUUAAAUUC